UCUAUGGCUAACAAGGAAGAAUUCUGUAAAAGUUACUUUGAAUUGAAGCCAAAAGAAGCUAGUUUCUUUGAUUUCAUUCGUAUCUUCUAUUCUACUGAAUUAGAUAAAAGAAACUUCUUCGAUGUUUCGGCCGGAGUUGAGGGGAUCAGAGGUUUUCGCCGGCGAUGGCUCAUUUUUAUCUCCGUUAUAUUGCAGAGAUUCUUGUUUUGGUUUAAAAAACCCAUGGCCAGAUUAGGUUCUAUAGUUGAGCUCUUGCAAAAUUAUCCUUCAUUCAAUGGUGGUUUUCUCCAGCUUUUGUUGAACAUAAUACAAGGAAAAGUAGUAACGCCGGAAAAGUCAUCGGCGAAGUUCAGGUCGAUGAUCGGAAAUCUUGAUGUGAGAGUGGACUUAGACAAGACAAUAAAGAUAGGAGACAACAGAUACAACGCACACCUGUCAAUUAUGGCUGCUAAACUAUCUUACGAAAACGAAGCCCUCAAUAAAACAGUAAUCAAUGAUCAUUGGCAGAUGCACUUCUUGGGGUUGCACAAUUUCUGGAAUGCUUACGAGGAACAAUACUCGACACAAGCCACAAUGUUUCAAGACAAAAUUGAAGAGCCAAACCUAGUUGUGGUAGCAUUUAGAGGGACAAGUCCAUUUUAUGCAGAUGCAUGGAUUACAGAUAUAGAUCUCUCAUGGUACGAUCUUGAAGGGAUGGGCAAAAUCCAUGCAGGUUUCAUGAAAGCUUUAGGGUUGCAAAAGAACCAAGGCUGGCCAAAAGAAAUAAAUGAUCAAGAAAACCAAGAACAAAAUAAUAAGGUAUUUGCAUAUUACAAAAUCAGACAAGAUUUGAAGAAAAUAUUGAGCAAAAAUGAGAAAGCAAAAUUCAUAGUAACAGGACAUAGCUUAGGUGGUGCAUUAGCAAUAUUAUUUGCAGCUAUAUUAGCUUUGCAUGAAGAGGAUUGGUUAUUGGAUAAAUUGGAAGGAGUUUAUACAUUUGGACAACCUAGGGUUGGAGAUGAACAAUUUGGGAAUUUUAUGAUGGACAAGUUCAAGAAGUGUGAUGUGAAGUAUUUUAGGUAUGUAUAUUGCAAUGAUAUGGUGCCAAGAUUGCCCUAUGAUGACAAAACUCUCUUCUUUAAGCACUUUGGAUCAUGUCUAUACUACAACAGCCUCUACAAUGGCAAGGUUUUGGAGGAAGAACCAAACAAGAAUUACUUCUCACUGCUAUGGGUUUUACCAAAGGUGUUGAAUGCAGCUUUUGAGCUAAUUAGGAGUUUCAUUUUACCUUGGAUAAAGGGAAGUGAUUACAGACAAAGUUGGUCUGAAAUAAUAUUUAGGAUGGUAGGAUUGGUAAUCCCAGGAUUAUCAGCUCAUGGUCCAGUAGAUUAUGUUAAUCUUACCCGCUUAGGAUCCAUCCUUCAUCUUCCUCAAUCAACUCGACAAGGCAGUCCUAAACACGAUUAACUUGCAAGAUACAUCUCAUCUUUGGACUCAAUCGGAUUUGCUCCAUUUUACUCA